UAAAGUGACGGGGAAGUGCCGUGUUUCUCCCAUGCGUCCAGCUUUAGCCAUGAAAACCACAUUUGUUAUAGGAAUUCUGGCAUAUCAAAUGAUCUGCAGUAUAUCCUCCAGAUCUCCUACAGACUGUGCAUCCAGAAUGGCCACCUGUGUUUCUGAAUCUGACCUGUGUAGAAGUGGAUGGGCCCUGCUGAGAAACGUUUGCCAUGUGACAGCUGGAAGCUGCAGAAUAAUGGAGUCGGAGGUGUGUAAUAUGACCAUCCAGUAUAUGCUGGACCAGUUUCCUGUUUGGAGUGGAUGUCUGUGUUUGGGGAAGGACUACUGCAGUGCCCCACAGCUGCUGGCUCCACAAUGCUUCACUCAUUCAGAUAGCCAUACAUCAAAUCGCCCCCCUCAGUGGAGCUGGACAGAGCCAGACCCAGAGUCAGGGCUGGUGACCCCUCAGAGCUGUCUGUCUGCCCUUCAUAGCUGCCGGGAGUCCCGCCACUGUUGGACAACGUAUGAGAAACUGAGGGACUCAUGCAGCCCAGACAAAGACCCAUGUGACACCUCGAGUUCCUGCCUGCUCCUUUGGGAAGAGCUUAGGAGCACUCCCAUUGCCAGCUGCACGUGUCCCACAGGAAGGAGGAGGUGCCAAAGAGUAUGGACACUGCUCCACAACAACCCCUGCGUCCACACCACACAGGAGGUCCUGCCCUUACCAGAUGACAGACUCCAAAACCAUCUCCAAGGAGGAGACGUGAGAACUUCCCAAGAAACAAGGAGCUCGUGUCUGCAGACGAUGAUGGUCUGCGUUCAAGAUGAGGUGUGCAACAGGCAGCUGGUGCCUCUCGUGCGGGCAUGCUCAGUGAGCCAGUGCGAGGGCGUUCUCUGUGAGCAGGCUACCAGGCGCUUCUACGAUGGGCUUCCCCACGACGUGGCUGAGAUAUUGGUCUUUUGCGAGUGCGCCCCCGCUGACCGCGACUGCCUGCGAGUGAAGUUGGAUCUCCAGAGCGGCAUCUGUUUUGGACGACUGGACCAGUUACCUACAUGCUUGGAGGCACAUGACAUCUGUGUGGAGGACCCGUUAUGCAGGCAGAGAUAUGAGAAGUUCUGGUCUAAGUGUUUUGGAGGGGAAGAGGAUACAUUGUACCAUGGCUAUGUUCCCGGGGACUGUCUUAGCACCCUAGGCCCAGACUUGAUUUUGGCUGGAAACAUUGAGUGCAGGAAGGCUUUUGUGGGCAUGAUGGGUACCGUCCUACAGCAGCCCUGCACCUGUGAUGGAUUGGCAAACAUGGACUUGCACAGAUGCAAGAAACUUUAUGAAGUGCUUCACAACCGGUCCAUCUUCCGUGAGUGCAGUGAGGAGUUGAGUGGUUGA